UCCCGCCCCAGGCCAGCCUCUGGACGCAGGACCAGCCCCUGGGCUCCGGGCAGCUGCGCCUUCCCUCACCGGGUGGACGCCCCCCACCGUCCCGCCCCGAGUGACUCACUGCUCCCCUGGCCCACGGCCACUGCUGUCUCCUGGCAGGAGGCAGGCGCAAGGUUGUGCAGAAGCCACAGGGUCUGGUGCGCGAGGGCCGCUCGGCCAGGAGGGUCUGGAGCUGCCGGACAGGGCCAGCACAGCCCAGAGGCUGGCCUGGGGACAGCCAGGCCGGUGGCGGGGACCUGCAGUGGCCUGUGGGAGCCAUCGCCUCCCCCUCCCUUGGCUCGGGCCUGUCUUUCUUCUUCCCACCAUGGAGAAGGAAGUGACCUGAGUGCCAGCCCACUGGCCGGAGGAGACCCUAGGCUGCCCGCUGCCCACCUAGCCAGGCAUGAAGGGUGGUGGCAGCGCCGUGUGGAGCCUUAUGUGGAAGUACUGCAUCUCUGUGAGGACCCUCAGCGUUGAGGGCGAGGCCCCCAGCAGCGAGACUGGCACGUCACUGGACAGCCCCUCGGCCUACCACCAGGGCCCCCUGGCGCCCGGCGCCAGCCUGAGCCCGGACCACUACGAGCACGCGCCGGCGGGAGCCUAUGGGCUGCACUCAGGGCCGCCCGGCCAGCAGCAGCGCGCGCGGAGGCCCAAGCUGCAGCACUCGACCUCCAUCCUGCGCAAGCAGGCCGAGGCGGGGGCCGUCAAGCGCCCGCGUUCCCUCUCCGAGAGCUAUGAGCUGUCCUCCGACCUGCAGGACAAGCAGGUGGAGAUGCUAGAACGGAAGUAUGGGGGCCGCCUCGUGACCCGCCAUGCGGCCCGCACCAUCCAGACAGCCUUCCGCCAGUACCAGAUGAACAAGAACUUCGAGCGGCUGCGCAGCUCCAUGUCUGAGAACCGCAUGUCCCGCCGCAUCGUGCUGUCCAACAUGAGGAUGCAGUUCUCCUUUGAGGGGCCCGAGAAGGUGCACAGCUCCUACUUCGAGGGCAAGCAGGUCUCGCUGACCGACGAGGGUGCCCAGCUCGGGGCCCUGGUGCCGGCCGAGUGCAGUGAACUCAGCGAGCCGCCCGCCCUCAAGGCCCCUGCCCCAACCGGCGACUUCACGGACGCCAUCACGGAGCUGGAGGACGCCUUCUCACGGCAGGUGAAGUCGCUGGCCGAGUCCAUUGACGACGCACUCAACUGCCGCAGCUUGCACGCCGAGGAGGCGCCUGCGCCCGACGUGGGGCGGCCCCGGGGCGCCGAGCCCCGCCCGCGGGACGAGAUGACAGCCUCCUACAGCGACGUCACCUUGUACAUAGAUGAGGAGGAGCUGUCGCCACCCCUGCCCCUGUCGCAGCCGGGGCACCGGCCGUCCAGCGCCGAGUCGGACCUGCGGCUGCGGGCCGGGGGCGCCGCCCAGGACUACUGGGCCCUGGCCCACAAGGACGACAAGGGGGACACGGACACGAGCUGCCGGAGCACGCCGUCACUCGAGCCGCAGGAGCCGCGGCUGCGCGGGGAGCACCUCCCACUGCUCACCAUCGAGCCACCCAGCGACAGCUCUGUGGACCUGAGCGACCGCUCAGACCGCAGCUCGCUCAAGAGGCAGGGCGCCUACGAGCGCGGCCUGGGCGGGCAGCAGGGCAGUCCCAAGCACGGCCCCCCCAAGGGCCUCCCCCGGGAGGAGCCGGAGCUGCGGCCCCGGCCCCCCAGGCCCCUGGACGGCCACCUGGCCAUCAACGGCUCGGCCAACAGGCAGAGCAAGUCCGAGUCGGACUACUCGGACGGGGACAACGACAGCGUCAACAGCACGUCCAACUCCAAUGACACCAUCAACUGCAGCUCCGAGUCGUCCUCCCGGGACAGCCUGCGGGAGCAGACGCUCAGCAAGCAGACCUACCACAAGGAGACGCGGAACAGCUGGGACUCGCCCGCCUUCAGCAACGACAUCAUCCGUAAGCGGCACUACCGCAUCGGCCUCAACCUCUUCAACAAGAAGCCCGAGAAGGGCAUCCAGUACCUCGUGGAGCGCGGCUUCGUGCCCGACACGCCGGUGGGGGUGGCCCACUUCCUGCUGCAGCGCAAGGGCCUGAGUCGGCAGAUGAUCGGGGAGUUCCUGGGCAACCGGCAGAAGCAGUUCAACCGGGACGUGCUGGACUGCGUAGUGGACGAGAUGGAUUUCUCUGCCAUGGAGCUGGAUGAAGCCCUCCGGAAGUUCCAGGCGCACAUCCGGGUCCAGGGGGAGGCCCAGAAGGUGGAGCGGCUAAUCGAGGCCUUCAGCCAGCGCUACUGCAUCUGCAACCCCGGCGUGGUGCGGCAGUUCCGGAACCCGGACACCAUCUUCAUCUUGGCCUUCGCCGUCAUCCUGCUCAACACCGACAUGUACAGCCCCAGCGUCAAGCCCGAGCGCAAGAUGAAGCUGGACGACUUCGUCAAGAACCUCCGAGGCGUGGACGACGGUGAGGACAUCCCGCGGGAGACGCUGGUGGGGAUCUAUGAGCGCAUCCGGAAGCGGGAGCUGAGGACCAACGAGGACCACGUGUCGCAGGUGCAGAAGGUGGAGAAGCUCAUCGUGGGGAAGAAGCCGAUCGGAUCCCUGCAUCACGGGCUGGGCUGUGUGCUCUCUCUGCCGCACCGGCGCCUGGUCUGCUACUGCCGGCUCUUCGAGGUUCCAGACCCAAAUAAGCCCCAGAAGCUCGGGCUGCACCAGCGAGAAAUCUUCCUGUUCAACGACCUCCUGGUGGUCACCAAAAUCUUCCAGAAGAAGAAAAACUCGGUGACGUACAGCUUCCGACAGUCCUUCUCCCUGUGUGGCAUGCAGGUCCUGCUCUUCGAGAACCAGUAUUACCCCAACGGCAUCCGGCUCACGUCUGCGGUCCCAGGAGCAGACAUCAAAGUGCUAAUAAACUUUAAUGCUCCCAACCCCCAAGACCGGAAGAAAUUCACGGAUGACCUGCGGGAGUCCAUCGCGGAGGUGCAGGAGAUGGAGAAGCACAGGAUAGAGACGGAGCUGGAGAAACAGAAGGGCGUGGUGCGGCCCAGCAUGUCCCAGUGUUCCAGCCUCAAGAAGGAGCCGGGCAGUGGGACUCUGAGCCGGGCCUGCCUGGACGACAGCUACGCCAGCGGCGAGGGCCUCAAGCGCAGCGCGCUCAGCAGCUCCCUGCGGGACCUCUCAGAAGCGGGGAAGCGAGGGCGUCGCAGCAGUGCGGGAUCGCUAGAGAGCAAUGUGGAAGGGUCCAUCAUUAGCAGUCCUCACAUGCGCCGGAGAGCCACAUCAACCCGAGAGUGUCCACCUCGCCCACAGCAGACCAUGCCCAACUCAUCCUCCCUCCUGGGCUCCUUAUUUGGGAGUAAGAGAGGAAAGCCCCCUCCCCAGGCCCACCUGUCCUCGGCCCCUCCCCAGCCACCCCCCCACCCGCCGGGCCUUCCCCACCCGCAGCACCCUGCGGCCGGCCACCCCCCGGGGCCCGCGGAGGGCCCUCUGCAGGCCCAGGUGCACGGGCACCACAGCCAGUGCUGCUACCUGCAGCAGAACCCGCCCCCCUACCACCACCACCACCACUACCACCCCCCCCAGCACAUUCAGCACGUACACCAGUACCACCACGGCCCCCACGGGGGGCACCCCUCCUACGGGGCCCACGCACACGUCCACCCGCCGCUGCCCUCAGCCCACGCCAGCCACCCGGGCCACGUGGGCCACGUGGCACACCACCACGGGCAGCCCCCCGCCCCGCCGCCCCCCACCAGCAGCAAGGUCAAACCCAGUGGCAUCAGCACAAUUGUGUAGACAGCCCGGGCAGGGGUCCCAGACCCCUGUGCACACCACACAGAGGCGCGCCCGAGGGCGGCCGCCCCAGACCAGACCCAGGGCACUUUCUGUUCCCACCUCUCCCCUCUGUUUCCCCGGCCUGGACGGAGGCCCCUGAGCCCGGGGCUGCUGUUGUAGGGACAGCCCCUGGUGUGACUGAGUGGUGGCGCCCCGGGCUCCCUCCGCCUCGACCCGGGGGGACCUCGGCCACCAUCAGCCUUGAAUCGGUGCCAUCGGCCAAGCAGACGUUGAGCUCCCCCCCCGCCCCCCCGAGGCCCACAGCUGUCUGCUUCCUCACUGUACAUGCACAUGAGAACCCAGCCUAGGAAGAGAAGAAGCAAGACACAAAAAACCAGAGACAGAACCAAACAAAACCCCCAAAACUUGCUGCAUUAUUGCUCUUUUAUUGACAAUGGGCAAAAGUUAAGUAGACCUGAUAUGGUUGAUGAAAAUCCGUAAGUAAACUUUAUAUAAUAUAAAUAUAUAAAUAUAUAAAUAUACAUAUAUAUAUAUAUACUGUAUAGGUAGCAUUUGUGUGUGAAAGGCAAGCGUCUCAGUCCACGAAUUAGCAAUAUAGACUCCUGAGGAGCUCCACUCACCUGAUAGGAAGGCGGCACCUUAGACGCGUGUGAGAGCAGACCGAAACCUUAAACGCUAGGGCAGAUUCAGAUGCUUCCAUAUUUUCAUAAAAAGAAGUCCCCCAGGACUGGCUGAGGUCUUGAUGCGCUCAUUACUAACUGUGCCAAGUAACAUAGCACCGAACUGUUUUAAAAGUCCGAUAUUGCUUUGUAUAAAUCCUUAUUUUAUUAACAGAAUACUAUCACAAGUAAUCAGUAUUAUAACCGCUCUGUUAUUUCAGGUAAGCAAAUAGACAAACUGCAGUAGACUCUACAGCAGCAACUUGGGACAGCUAGCUCAGGACUGGUUGUCUCAGACUGCUGGCUACCCAGACUUAGACACUUUAAUGGCUGCAAUAACUGUGAAUUUCCAUGACCCAUAUUUCUUUUAUAUGCAUUUGAGUCAGUGCACACUCACUCAGAGGCCUCUGAGAGGGGCACCCAUACACGGCAGAAGUGUUCAUCUCCAACAUGGCAACGACCAACUCAUCCUCGUCUCCCCAGCGCCAUAGCUUCCUCAUCCCUUUCCAACCUCCCGGGCAGACGCCCGGCCGUGUCCCCGCCAGGAGCCGCUCCCGGACCUGAAGGCCGAUGUAGCGUUUAGCGACCCAGGGCGGUGUGUGUGUUUCCCGCUGUGUUUUCUGAGUGGUGGCCGUGAUCAUCGUGACUCCAUGUGGCCAUGUGCUAGCACACCCCCGUGUCAUCACCGCCGCCCCUCCGACCCCGGCCUCUGAGCGCCCGGCCCGGCCCGGCGCAGCCCCGCCGCCGCCCGCCGUCUCGGUCCGGGCCCUGCCGGGGCAUCACGUGACUCAGCUGUGCUCUUGUCGCUUCCGUGUUGUGGUGACGCCCUCAGCUCCCCCGGGUCUGCGCCCGAGUCACCCAGGGCCGUGCUUUGUAGUUUCAGCCUUUCGAGCCACUGCAGCCGCCCGUGCUGUGCUCCUAAGCCAUGGGACCCGAGCAGCGCCCGCGGGGCCCCGUGGACGGCGGCGGGACGACUGCGGGGAGCCCACCCUGUUGGCGGCGGGGCUCUGCCCACCCCCAC